AAGUAGCAUGGCAACGCCGCAUAACGCUUCCGCAUUGACUGCACUGCUGACUGUCAAUGCGGGAGAAUGAAUAACUCCAAAUGGGCUAUUACUGACAAACGAAAGAGACCAACACGAAUUAUACGAUGUAUAUACGUGGUCGGAUUCAUGGACCUCUUUGGGGUCAGUAUGAUCAUCCCUUUGCUGAGUCAUCAUGUAAAGGAUCUGGGAGCAAGCCCCACAGUGGCUGGGAUUGUAGGUUCUACUUAUGGAGUAUUACAGCUCUUCUCUAGCACUGUGGUUGGAAGUUGGAGCGAUGUGGUAGGGAGGCGCUAUUCACUACUGACAUGCCUUUUGCUCAGUGCCUUUGGAUAUGGCCUGCUGAGUCUGUCCUCUAGUAUUGCACUCUUUGUGCUGGCCAGGAUUCCAGUGGGGCUAUUUAAACACUCCCUUUCUAUCUGCCGAGCGCUCCUCUCAGAUCUUGUGUCAGUGAAAGAGCGCCCUCUAGUGAUGGGCCACUUUAAUGCAGCUUCAAGUGUAGGAUUCAUCCUGGGACCAGUGGUGGGCGGAUACCUCUCUGAACAUGAGGGGGGGUUCUACUUGUCCUCAUUUGUUUGUGCAGCCAUUUUCCUUCUAAAUGCAGGUUUGGUCUGGAUGUUACCAUGGAGCGAGACACUAAAUCCCUGUAUAGACGCCAAUGCCAAUAGCAAUACCAAAACCAGCAAAUCCUAUGAUGGGUUUAAAAACUCAUCCCAGCAGAACUGUUUAGAUAAAAACCACAUUCAGCAUCUGAAUGUAUCUGCAGAUCGAGGCUGGAGCUGGAGGGACAUGUCUCUCUUUCAGCCUAUCUGGAGACAGCUGACCUCAAUGUGGAUACGGAUCCACCUGCUGGCUUCCUCUGAUAUGUGGGAUGUGUUCCUAGUGCGUCUUCUAAUGGCUAUAGCUAUUAUGCUGUACUACAGUAACUUCUCCUUGGCCAUGGAGGAGCGCUUUCAGCUCAAGCCAAAAGUAACAGGCUAUCUGAUCAGCUACAGCAGUACACUGGGGGCGCUUGCGGGUUGUCUGGUGGGGCCCGUCACCCACCUCUAUGGCAACAAAAUGCCUGCUUUAUUGCUGCACUCAACCAUGCUCACUUGCACAUUGAUCUUCCUGUACACCACAGCACCCAAUGUCUGGCAGGUCUUGCUCACCUCCACGUUCUUUGCCAUCUCUACCACUAUCGGACGCACCUGCAUCACGGACUUGGAGCUGCAGCGUGGGGGGGCCCAGUCAAGUGGGACAUUGAUUGGGGCUGGUCAGUCAGUCACAGCUGUGGGACGAGUACUUGCUCCACUACUCUCUGGUCUGGCUCAAGAGUUCAGCCCCUGUGGACCUCCUAGUUUGGGGGUAUUGCUGGCACUGGCAGCUGUGGGUUUGCUGCUUGUGAGGACUCCUAAAUGGGACAGUUUGACAAACGUUAAAGACGAGAGUCUCAGACAGUGAUAGACAGAAAAUGACAAGGUGAAAACCACUCAAAGUGAAGAAAAGUACUGUGAUGGCAGCUGUCUUUUUUCCUCUCAGGUGAUAUGAUGUUUUAGAAGGUUUUUUUCAGAGAACUUCUGGGUUUAACUGUGGCUUGGAUCAUUAUAACAGUUAUGGAAUGUGAUCAUGUCAUGACAUAUAUGUUGGACUCCUUUGUGAGAUAUGAUUUUCAAAGGAGGCCUCCUGAGCUGCCAAGUAACUGCAAAAUGCAUAGCCAAUAGGGUCUGAUGCAAAAUCUAAAAAGAUGAAUGUUUCUGAAAAAUACCAGAAUAUUGUGCUGUUCAUUCUAACACCAAUGACUAGUUUAAAAUCAAGUUAUUUCUAUUUUCAAAACACCACAAGUGACCACAAGGGACAUUCACCAUUGAAAAACUUCCUUGCCAAACUCCGAACUUUCCAUUUAAAAGCUAGAUACAAUAUAAAAACAUCAUUGGUCAAACAAAGAUGCACCAGCAUGUUUCUCAGCAAGCUGUCACCUUCUGUCUAUGUUAGCUGUUGUUUGUCUCCUCGUCCUGUUCGUCUGUUUGCCGGUACAAAAAGUAACUUCAGCUCUUGUUUAUGAUUGCCAAAUUCUGCUCGACAUUCAGGCUUCUGUUGUGGAUCUCUGCACUUGGAACCUAGGGGGGCAAAAGUUCUCUGAUCCUCCAAUUCCUCCACUUCAUUCGCUGCUACCGAAAAUAUCUAUAUCUGUUGUGUACCAGACUGGGCCCUUCACAAAUGAAAUGCUAUAGAAAACAGGGCAUACAAGGUGGAGUUUUAGUCCGAUUGAGGAAGCACUUUCUUGUCAACUUGAAGACUCUCGACUACAGAGCAUUUUAGUUCCAGCCGGCUAAAUCGUUGCCCUCUUCUCAACAUUCAUUACACCCAAGGCAUUCCUGGCUUGUUGCCAUUUUUCCGGAGACAUCAAAUCUGACGUUCAGCUGUAUAUUAAAAAGACCACAUACGCAGGAGAGGAAUGAAUUUCAGCAAUCUGAGAGUAUUGUAUUGUUUAUCACUACGAAAUACUCAACUACACAAUCAUACAAUGAAGCGUCAAUCUACAGACUCUAUCAUGGUAAAGAUGGCAUUAAUUAAUGCAAGAUCCAUAUCCAUUAAACUUUUAUAAUGAAUGACUUUUUCACAUCUCAUGAGCUUGACUUUAUUUUUAUGGCUUAAAAUGGCUCAGUGUUGGUGAACUGGACUGUGGCAGGGCGGAGGGUGGGGCCGGGUCGUGAUUCUACACACCCGGUCCCUUACCAGGCUAAUCAAGCCUCCGAGAGGGAUAAAGACUGACUGCGGAAGAUUGUGCGGGAGAGAGAGAUCGUUUACGGACAUAUCUGUCAUGUGUGUGUUUGUGUCUUUUGAUUAAGUUCAUCAUUAAAAUAUAAUUUACAUUGUCAAGCCGGUUCUCGCCUCCUUUCUACAUUACACUGGUGCCGAAAUCCAGGAAGGAGGAGGGAUACGACGUAGUAGAAUCACGACCAGGCUCCGCCCUCCCACAUGGAACCUCUUAGUAAAGCAUCCCCCAGUGACUAACUUUUUUAGUUCUCCGGAGGAUAGUGGGUGGGGGGUGGCAAUUAUUUUUUUUUAAUCAUUUUAAAUGUGGAUUGUUAUCUGUAGAUAGCUUUACUAGUUUUGAGGUGCAGUAGUGUAAGGUAGUUUGAGUAUAUUUUUAUCUUCUGUUGUGCCAAAUGUUGAUGGACAUUUAGUUCUUGGCCAUUUUAAUUUUCAUGUUUGCUGCCCCGAUAAGCCAUUAGUUUCAAAAUUUUUACAAAUUGUAGAUUCUUUUAAUAUUACUCGGUCUGUCAUGGGCGCUACACAUAUGCAAGGCCAUACACUUGAUUUGAUUCUGUCUUUUGGAUUUCCUCUAUAUAAUGUUCAGAUUGAAGAUCUCUGUUUGUCUGAUCACAAGCCAAUUACUUUUAACACCUCUCUGUCCUAACCAGUGAAUCCAAGGCCAUCCAGUCACUGUAUUAGCUCUUUCAAUUCAGCUACUCCUAUGCAGUUUACUGAUGCUUUUAUCUCUUCUCAACUUACUUGUAAUUUUGUGUCUCUCUCCUCUAGUGUGGAUUCAGAAGAGUUGAUUUCCCAUUUUAAUAAUAUUUGUGGUAAUAUUCUGGGUUUGAUUGCUCCUUUUAAAAUGAAAUAUCCUAAACCUAGAGUUCAGCCCUGGCUCAAUAGUGACACUUGUGUUUUAAGACAAAAAUGCAGGAAGGCUGAGAGAAAAUGGAAAAAGGAAAAGCUUCAAGUCUCAUGAAAUCCUGAGAGAUUUUAUGGCUACCUUUCAGCAUUCUGUUCCGCAUUCUAAUGUUGCCGGUAGACCGAAAAUCUUAUUUAGCACUAUUAAUAAAGUACCAAACCCUAUUAUCACCACAUUCCCUGAUGCUUCUCCUGCAAGUUUGUUUGAUCAAUAAGCUUUAUAAUAUUAGAUCUAGCAUAUUGCACUCUGGCUAUGACCCUUCUGAUAAUUAUUGUAACCUGGCUAUUUUAACUAAUUUUGAGCCUGUGUCCCUCCCUUACCUAAUGGACAUAGUCUGGCUUAUGAAGCCAGCCACAAGCUCCUUGGAAACUGUUCCUCCACACUUUCUAGUGGAAGUAUUGGACAUUGUUGGACCCUGUAUUCAGUCGAUAAUAAACAGCUGUCUUACUAAUGGCACUGUUCUGUCCUAUUUUAAACAUGCAGUGGUUCAAACCAUGCUUAAAAAGGCCAACCUUAAUCCGUUAGUUUUAGCCAAUUAUGGUCCUAUUUCUAAACUUCCUUUUCUCUCCAAUAUAUUGGAAAAAUUUGUUUUCAAUCAACUUUCUUCUUUUUUGAAGGAGAAUGAUAUUUUGGAUGGGUAUCUUUCUGGAUUUAGUGUACAACAAAGCACAGAAUCUUCUCUUCUGAAAAGUAUUGAAUUAUCUGUUGCUAUUUGCUGACUCUGGGAAUUGUGUUAUUUUAGUUCUUCUGGAUCUCAAUAUGGCAUUUGACACUAUUGAUCAUUUAAUUCUGUUGAAAUGCCUUGAGCAGUGGGUUGGUAUUAGGGGUUCUGCAUUAAAUUGGUUCUCGUCCUAUCUCAAGGGGAGAACUUUCUCAGUAGACAUUGGAAUUGUAUCCUCUUCAUCAGAAGCCAUCAACUGUGGGGUUCUAUUUUGGGCCCUGUUUUGUUUUCUUUGUAUAUGCUCCCAUUAGCCACCAUUUUUCAAAAAUAUCAGAUUUCCUACUAUUGUUAUGCAGAUGACACCCAGCUUUAUCUUCUGUUAAAAUCCUUUGAUAGCACUGCUCUGCAAUCACUGUUCGACUGUCUUAGAGACGUCAAAAGUUGGAUGGUAGACAAUUUUCUUCAACUGAAUGAUUCUAAGACAGAAGUCUUAGUUUUUGGUCCUCCAGAGUUCACUGACAACAUCACCAGGAGCCUGUGUUUUUUUUUAUAGCAAAUACUGUAAGUCCUUAAGCAAGAAAUAUAGGUGUCAUCUACAUACCUAGGAGUGUCUCAAUCUUGUCUAUCACGUCUUCAAUUGGUUCAAAAUGCUGCUGCUAGACUCCUUACAGGGACAAGGAAUUGAGACAGUAUUUCUCCUGUUCUGCCCAGCCUGCACUGGCUUCCCAUUGAAUACAGAAUUCAGUUUAAGGUUUUAUUGUGUAACUUUUUAGUUUUUUCUGUUUUGUUUGACAUAUUUAUAUUAAUCUAUGAUACUCUGAUUAAUUAGACUGCAAAUGUAUAAUUAACUUAUAAGAAAUCCAAUGUUAAAGCCCACGAAGAUCAAUGCAUUUUUAAAGUGAUAUGCAAAUAAAAAAAGU